AUGCUCCGCGAGCCCAACGGCGUGAGCGACGCCUCUCUCACCUUACAGCGCGCGGUCCUGGACUACUCCGCCAGGGAUGAGCGGUUCGCACUGGACAAGAAGAUCUACGGCCAGUACUUCCAGCUGUACUUCCAGAGGCUCAUGCUCCUCGGGCCCCGGUUGAAGCAGGCGGUCGGCGCCAAGUGGCCGGGCGUGCCCGCGGUCAAGGUGCUCGACCUGAAGGAGGGCGAGGAGUGCGUGGUGAUGGGCACCCUGUACAAGGACAUGAAGCUCAAGCCCUCCAUCCUCGACGAGUACGUCAAGGAGGCGGGCGCCAAGGCAUCGGAGGUUGCCGCGAAGAAGUUCGUCUCCGACGACGACUCCUUGGUGCUCGAGGACGAGGGCGCGCGCGUGCGCCUGACGGGAAAGGGCGUCGCGGUCGACUGUUUCGUCACCGGCGUCGUCCUCGCGGUCAAAGGGCGCGUGGUCGCCAACGGAGAGUUCGAAGUAGACGAGAUCUGCUACCCGGCACCAGCGCCGCAGGCGACCCGACCGAGCGCAACCGACGAGGCCUCGUCCGCGGGGCGCCACGUGCUCCUGUGCUCGGGCCUGCGCGUCGGGGACGACGCCGCGUCCUCCGCGCUCAACCUCGAGCUCAUGUGUGACUACGUCACCGGCAACCUCGGAGGCGCCAACGAGCAAGGCGUCGCCGCGUCCAUCGCUCGCGUGGUCAUCUGCGGCGGCGCGCUACCCGAGGUGGACGUCCCCGCACAGUCCCUCGACGGCCGCGCGCAGGCGGCGGUGGCCCGGCCCCUGCGUCAGCUCGACGUCCUCCUCACCACGCUCGCGGCGUCGGUUCCCGUCGACCUGAUGCCCGGCGACGGCGAUCCCACGAACCAGGCGCUUCCCCAGCAGCCGCUUCACCCGUGCCUCUUCCCGGAGGCGAAGCGGUUCUCGCCGCACACGUUCGCGUCGUGCACCAACCCGCACGACUUUACCAUCGGCGGGGUGGACUUCUUGGGCACCGCGGGCCAGAACGUGUCCAACCUGGCGGCGUACACGAACGUCGUCAAGGGCGGCGCGGGCGGCGACGACGACGCGGGGGAGGCGCUCGACCUGAUGGAGGCUACCGUUCGGUGGCAGCACGUGGCGCCGUCCGCGCCGGACACGCUCGCGUGCUACCCCUACAAGGACAGGGACCCGUUCUUCAUCGAGCGAUCGCCGCACGUGUACUUCGCCGGGAUGCAGCCCGCGUUCGGGUGCAGGAAGGUGAGGGUGGGUGACGCGGAGACGGUGUGCGUGUCGGUGCCGGAUUUUUCAAAGACGAGCGCCGUCGUGCUGCUCGACGUGGACACGUUGGAGUGUCACCCGGUGACGUUCGGGCGGUGA